AUGCUAGACAUUAAAGGUAGCCAAGCCUCUCAAGCGUGUAAUCACAAAUCCAGCCUCACCCGAAUCCCGCCACUCUUUGACUCCAAUAAACUGGUUGAAGAGGCGAUUGUGGUUGACGCUGACCGAUCCAUCCGAUCUAUGCACACCAUUUCAGUUGGUCUUGCGGGCAACCGCGAUUCUGCCACCUUCGUGGCCGACCCAGAAGCCUGUCUGCAGCCACGAAUCGCGGCUGACCACGCCGAGUUGCCGGGCUCCUCGGACGGCCGGAGCACCUACCGCUUGCACUCAGGACCUUCAAGUCGUCCGUCCACAGACGAAAGAUCCGACCGAUCAGACAGUCAGGUUGGUGGGGGUUUCAGUCUAUUUACUUUCAUGAGGUUUGUCAUGAUACUUGUGUGUAUGUCUGCCUGUGAGUUUGGCUUCGCACAUUUUCAUUGA